CACGUCGGCACCGAGUGAUUCUCGGGGAGUCAUCGGUUCGUGCCUGACCCCGCACCUGUCGGACAACUGCAGGAGUCCUUACAGCGCUGCGAGGAGCAUUGCAGUGGAACUGGCCUCUGCCCUUGGAAAAUCCUGUCCAUGACAUCCAGCCAGGAGAUCAAGUAUAUGUGAAGAACUGGAAUACGGAACCCUUGAGAGAAGUAUGGGACGGUCCUCACCAGGUGAUCAUGACUACCUACACAGCAGUGAAAGUCCAAGGGAUCGAGAAUUGGAUUCACUACACUCGAAUCAAGAAGGUCCCGUCAAGAUGGGAAGUACAGCCUCUGUCAGCAACAAAAAUGGUGUUCAGGGCAAGGCCUUAGUUCUUUUAACAUUAGUCUGCAUAAUGCAGGUGGGAGAAGCGUUUGUUAAAAUCAUAGUUCCGGAGCCAGAUGUAAUAGUGCCGGAAGGUGCGGGAGUAAAUUUAACCUGUCUGUUUUCUAGCAACCAGAGAGCUGGAUUAAAAGAAGUAAAAGCAGCCUGGAAACAAAUCACCACAGACGAAGUAUUUACAGAAGAGAUCGUGACACUUUGGGAUAUGGAACAGCAAAAAGGUAGCACCACAUUGAUGAUAUCUCAUAUGCAAGCUGAUCAGGUAGGACAAUUCUCAUGUGUUGUGUGGAUUAGAGAAAGCUUUAACUACGAAAAGAUAAAUGUAGAUAUUCUAAAAAAGAAUAAGAGAGUACGACAGGUGACAGGAGUUGGAAAAACACAACAAGAAUUGGGACAAGAAAAUUUAAUAGUGGGAUUAGUUAGAGAUUUUGGGCAAGUACAAAAUACUACGUCCAUCACUGCAUGUUUACCUUUACCUAAAGCGGCGGGGGAACCAAUACCAUGGGGAAUAAUUCCCAUGCCUGAACCACCUGUGAAUAAGAGUAUCCAGGAAAAAUGUAUUCCAGUGAGCAGGACAAUUAUGAAAAAGCAACAAGUAAUCAUAGGAAGGGAAACUUUACCUCUCCCACUAACAUGGGAGGAGUGCAGGAAGAGACCUGAUUAUGAUGGAUGGACUCCAUUAACGGGAAUAUUAGCAAAUGUCUGGCUCACUAGAGGGAAAGGACAAUGUUCAAUAGCAAAGAAAGGAGAAAGGUCGGUGCCCACCCAAGUGAUGGAAUUUAGUUGCCAGAAUGUUACAAGUCAAUCUUCAUCCUGGGAUGAGUGGAAAACAAUUUGGGGUCCCAGCUUGUUAGAAUCUUACAGCUACAUAGGACCAGUACAUUGGUGUAUUGAAUGGUCAGGCCAAAGGGAACAAAAACAUUUAAGAAUGUUAGGGACUGAAGUAGUAAGACGGGAUCGAAUGACCCCCACACCUAGCUGGAAUUGUAGCAAAAUCAUCACAUGUGAUACCCCUGAAUCCCAAAUUGGUUUAGUGCCAGUCCGGAUACUACUAAAAUGGGGCUGUGAAUGUCAAAGAUAUAACCAUACAAUAACAGGAGAAAUAAAGGGGGCUUGGAAAGAUUGUCAGGUGACUACCGUCAGGAGUCCAGGGCAUUCGGUGUGGGUAAUGGGGCACAGACAAUGGACUGCCCAUAUGCCCAUUAACGGCCCAGUCACGCAGAUUACGUUAGGGGUCCCUACGCUCUGCCCUCUCUGGAAACAGUCUAAAUUAACACAAAGAGAGAUACAGUCACGAACAAAGAGAGAAACAAAUGAGGUGGCAGAAGAACUAGGACUGGGAGAUGAAGAUGAGUGGCAUGAACCCUCAUCAGGAGUUAAAUUUGGAUGGGUACUGGAAUCCCUGUUUGCACAAAUUUCUACAUAUAGAAACCGGGAGAUGCUGUACAAAUUAUUGGGACAAACUGAGAGGUUAGCUGCAGUUACAAAGAAAGGAUUUAGGGAUCUAAAUUUACAGUUGCAAGCAACAACAAGAAUGACAGUCCAAAAUAGGAUGGCAUUAGAUUUGCUCUUAUUAAAAGAACACGGAGUCUGUGGAUACCUCCAAGGAAAGGUUGAUCAUUGCUGUGUACAUAUCCCAAAUGUCACAGAAGAAGUAGAAAAGGAUAUAAGUCAAUUGAAACAAAUCGAAACAAAAGUGCAUGAAGUCCAGGAAGAAGCUGAACAUAAUUGGGUAGGAGCACUAUUUAGCUCCCUAGGAAUCCAGGUCUCUGGUUGGAUAUCAUCAAUUGUACAAUAUGUAAUAAUGAUUGUGUUAAUUAUUGUAGUCUGCAUGAUUAUGUAUAGAUGUCUUUUAGGAAUGAUUGCCAGAGAAGGAACUUAUACUCGACGAGUCAUGAGAGCACUAACUCGGAAAGAAGUAAUCCUACCAAGUCAAAGAGAAGACCCACCAUCCUACUUAGAAACCAUUACUUGAAGAGUUGAGCAUCCUUGCAGAAAAUCUGAAGAAUGCUCAAAAGGGGGGAGUUGAUACCGAAAUAACGAGAAAAAGAACUAAUGUAGAUAUAGCAAUAGCAGUAGUUAUGCUAAGGCUUAGAAAGCGGCAGUUCACAAGCAGGCCCUGGGAAACAGGCAGGCCUGGACAGGCCUGGAAUGUACUAAGAAUCACAAACUAGUAGAGCAUGCAGAACGUAGUGAAGUAAUAAAUGAUAAAGGUUAAUGUAUAAUCAAUGAUAAAGGGUUCUGGUGGUGGGAUGACAAGCAAGGGGGAUUAAA